AAACUAUCAUACGGAUCAAUAUGGGUCGAUUAAUCCAUUCGGGUCAGCAGGAUUGGGGGUUGGGUUGAGAGUACCCACCGGGUCGUCCCUGUCAGUCGGUUGCCGGUUGGGGUUCGAAAUCGAGUUCGAACCUUUCCAUCUUCACCACCGACGCCGCGUCUGUUCUAUUCUUCGGUUCUUCCCCUACCUCAGACGCCUGCACGCCGAUAUUGAACUCCCCCAAGUCGCCAUAUGCACUGUCAAAUGUCCUAGAGAGGCCGUCACCAUGAAGUUCGUCUAAGAAUCAUUCUCUGAUACAUGUAGAGACAGAACGAAAGCCUUUCUUGUCAAUUAGGGUUGCGGCCUGUUAGACUUUAAAGGAGUCUCGAACACUACAUGCAAUUGAUCCAGCCUUUAUGUUCCUUUUAACUGCAACUCAUGGAAGAAGACAAGAAGGAUAAUCAACAAGAAAGUUCAUUUGGAGAAAUAAGUGGUGGCAAAGAUACAGUCUCUGUUGCAGAAGAUCUUGUUAAGGAGAGGAGUUCAGAUCAAAGAGAGGCUCUGUCAGGGGAGCCUUCUUGUGUUAUUUGUGGCCGCUAUGGUGAAUAUAUAUGUGAUGAGACUGAUGAUGACAUUUGCAGCAUGGAAUGCAAACAGGUUCUGCUUCUUAGGCUUGCUAAAUCCCAGAAGCCAUUAGAUCGUCCACCUGCUGUGAGGUUACCCACUACUGAUGAAUGCUUUUAUGUUAGAGAUGGUGUUAAUGAGACAGAGUAUCAAUGUUUAUCUGGCUAUCAGAUUGAAUCACUAAGAAGGAAAAUUGAGAUCAAAGUGAAGGGAGAGUCUGUUCCACCACCCAUCUUGUCAUUCUCUUCUUGCAAUCUCCCGGAGAAGAUCCAACAUAAUUUAGAACUUGCAGGAUAUGAAAUACCCACACCUGUUCAAAUGCAAGCAAUUCCAGCUGCUUUAAUUGGAAAAAAUUUGCUUGUUUCAGCAGAUACAGGCUCUGGAAAAACAGCUUCCUUUUUGGUUCCUAUCAUCUCUCGCUGUGCAAAUUUUCGUCUCAAGUACCCCUCAGACCGGAAAAGGCCCUUAGCAAUGGUUAUGGAACCAACUAGAGAGCUUUGUGUGCAAGUGGAAGAACAAGCAAAGCUUCUUGGAAAGGGUCUGCCCUUUAAAACUGCCCUAGUAGUUGGUGGUGAUGCCAUGGCUAAACAAAUCUACCGCAUCCAGCAAGGGGUGGAAUUGAUUGUUGGAACUCCUGGUAGGCUUAUAGAUCUUUUAACAAAGCAUGACAUUGAACUGGAUGAGGUUUCAGUUCUGGUUUUGGAUGAGGUGGACUGUAUGCUUCAAAGGGGCUUCCGGGAUCAGGUAAUGCAGGUUUUUCAGGCACUUACACAACCCCAGGUACUAAUGUACUCUGCAACAAUCCCUCCAGAGGUAGAGAAGAUGGCCAACUCGAUUGCAAAAGAUCUGGUCUUUGUCUCUGCUGGAAAGCCAAACAGACCAAAUGAAUCUGUGAAGCAGGUAGUCAUCUGGGUGGAGUCAAAACAGAAAAAGCAAAAGCUCUUUGACAUAUUGAUGAGUAAGCAGCAUUUUAUGCCACCUGUUGUUGUUUUUGUGGCUUCAAGGCUGGGGGCUGAUCUCCUGUCUGAAGCAAUCACGGUAACUACUGGGAUUAGAGCUCUAUCAAUCCAUGGUGAGAAGCCAAUGAAGGAGAGAAGGGAGACCCUGAAGUUGUUCUUGACAGGCGAGGUGUCCGUGAUUGUUGCAACGGGUGUUCUGGGACGAGGAGUUGAUCUCUUGAGAGUCAAGCAGGUUAUUGUGUUUGACAUGCCAAAUUCAAUGAAGGAGUAUGUACAUCAGAUAGGAAGGUCAUCCAGAUUGGGAGAGGAGGGGACAGCAAUUGUGUUUGUUAAUGAGGAAAACAAAAAUUUGUUCAGGGAGUUGGUUGAGGUUCUGCGAUCAUCUGGAGCUGCAGUUCCUCGAGAACUUGCUAAUUCACGGUAUACCAUGGCUUCUUAUUCUGCUGGCAGAGCCCUGAAGAAAAGGAAGCAUGGUUAAGUGUCAUCCACUCUUUGUUCACUAACUUGUCAUUCCCAGUAGUGUCAAGUACAGUUUGUGAUGACAGUGAUUUGUGGGCAAUGAGAAGCUCAGACAAGAGUAUACUGAAAAGCUAUUGCACCAUCUUAAUGGUUGAGAUGUGAAGUAUACCUUUUCAAUGGAAGUACAAAUAUAUGGCAUUGGGACCAAAUGCUAUUUGCAAUGUCUUGGGGUGAGAAGAUCAGCUUUGUCAGGGACCUCCAUCAAGUUACACCAGAAAGCCAACAGCCCGUGUCAAUAAUUGAAGCUUCAUUGAUUGUCUAGCACGAGAAAUAUACAUUAUUUUGUGGUUACUGCCACCCUUUCUGGCACAGCCUUUGACUAAAGGUGUUUUUGUUUGCAUUGCACCGAUCUCUGAAGUCUGAAAAAAAUUUAACUUCUCCAAGGUGGGUUAUUCUUGAUAAUUAAUAUUCUGAAUAAAACCACUGAAGAUGGAGUAUUCUUAAGUUACAGCCCUGUAUUGAAGGUUUAUUUUCAGUUUGAGUGGUGUACCUUUUCUCAGUUUGUCAACUUGACAAACAAAGUUCUUGUAUUGUACCUCUUUUUCAGUUUAAUGAAAAUUUUUCUACUGAUAUUUCAAAAAAAAAAAAAAAACACUGAAGAUGGAAAAUGCCUCUUAGUGACUCAAUGACCUGCUUAUCUCUAAACACGGACAGCGAUUCUUUAGAUACUGUUUUUUCCAAAAAUAACCUCACAUGAUUUGAAUUUUUAAACCUUUUCUCCUAUUUAUUUUUGUUCCAUCAAAAUCCUCCUCUUCACAAAUGGCAGGCAGCAUCCAUUGGAUUGGAUGUUUUUUUGUUCAGCCUCUUCCCAAGUACAGGCACCACAGCUACCACCAUGACUUCAACAUUUCUUCUUUUCAAACUCUUCUUUUUCUGAGCAUUCUAGGUUUCUGUUGGACUUUUGUUGAAGCAAGUGUAUGCUUCUUCUUAAGAGUUUUUCAUCCUUCUUCAGUUUUCUUUUCUUAGAAAUCUGCUAUAGUUAUUUGUAGCUUUAUCUUCUUGAGACUGUUAUGAUCAGUUUUGGGUUGUUUUAUCUGAAGGUACUUUGCCUUUUAUAUGCUUUCUUUCUAUUUUCUGCUACAUAAUUGUAAAAUCUUAUGUCUCUCUUGCGGGUGUCCUAACAUUGGUUGUUGCACCUCAUACAUAUCCUUAACCAGGUCCACAUACCUUUUUGAAACUCCUUUAUUUUCUAAAACCCACCUUAUUAUCUAGCAUAUGCUUUCUCUAGAUCAAUGAAUACCAUAUGAAGAUCUCUCUUCUUCAUAUGAAGAUCAAACCUGAGUAGAUUCUCCAUACAAAAUCUGCAAUUGAGCACCUGCUGAAUACAUGAGGGCAUUUUUUUUAUCAGAAGAAAAUAUGUUCAUUUAUUAUAUUCAAUUAGAGGGUUAAAUAAUACAGCGUGAUGACAAGAAAGUCAUCCCCAAUUUUCAAGCCUCCAUUACAUAGAAGCCCAAAACAGUUGCUGCAUCAUAACCCAGCUAACCCAUUUGCACUUCUUCUAACCCAUUUAAAUUCUGCCUCUAUGUCCCUAACAAUCUGUUAUAUUUCCCAUAUCACAUGUUUGAGAGUCCAGGGAGUACAUUUUUUGUAGUUUGUCCAUGAGAUAACUAUUUUUGAGUCCCCUUCCACCUCAACCCGUCUGAAACUCAGCUGCUUUGCUAACCGGAGUCCUUGUAGUAGUGCCAACAGUUAAGCCUUCAAGGAAUUUCCUAUACCAAUUGGCUUUCCAAACCACCCAACGAAUUGCUGGUUUAGUGGCUCUCUAGAGCAACUUCCCUCUUUUCUUUGAUUGCCACAAGAAGUUAACAAUCCCACGACAUCUUGGGGGGGAUCCCACCUGCACCCAAAAGGAGAACAGAAAGACUCCCAAAUUCGAUGCACAAAGGGAUAGGAGAUUAAUAAAUGAAAUAGAACCUUACCAUUGCACCUACACAAGAAACACCAGUAAGGAGAAAGGUAGGCAUAAGGCCUUCUUCUCUGUAGCAUGUCACAAGUAUUUACCUUGCCAAGGAAAAUUCCCAGCAAAAAGCUUGGAUUGUAGGUGGGAUAGGCUUACACCAAAUUCCAUUCAUCAGGAAGUUCACCCCUUGAGGGUUUGGCAAUGCAAGGAUUUUAAAAAAGGAGGAACAAGUGAAGAGACUAUCUGGUGAAGCUGUUCAAAUUCUAGAGUCCUCAAGGGAAGAGUCUAGGAACACUUGCCCUAAAGAGUCAAGUGGAUGGACCAAGAAAGGGUAUUCAAAGUUCCUUAACCCUCAUCUAAAGCCCAAUUCUCAAUUUAAGCUAGUUGGGGAGGGUGUUACCAGUCUAGACACAGUUUCACCCUUGAAAGUAGAAAGAGUAAAGAGUUCUGGAUAUUGGUCUUUGAGUGGAGUCUCCCUAACCACAAGUCUUCCCAGAACCGUAUUUUAUCACCCCUUCCCACAUCGAACUUGAUGGAAUUAAGAAAGAUUGGGUGACUUCGUGAAUAGCUUUUCAAGGAGAAGUUGAAGAGGAAUGAAUAACAAGUUUUGGCAUCCCAGCCAUUGCUUUCCAGCAAAUGAAUCCUUUCUAUAACCUUGUGCCAUAGCAUGUCUCUUUCAAAAGGGAAUCGCCAUAACCACUUACCUAGUAGAACAGUACUUGUAAAGGCAAUGUUUCCCAGCCCAGGCCCCCUUUUCUCCUUAGAUUUGCUAACUUGUUCCCAUUUUACUAGGUGGUCCUUUUCUUCACCUAGUUCCUAGUAGGGGUGAGUAAAAAAAAAAAAAAAAAA